AUGGCACUCUUAACACCCCAGGAAAUAAAGAAAGUCUUCCAAUUUGAGAAACCAGAAGGUCGGGAGCACCUACGGAGACUGCUGAACUGGAAAAAGUUUGACGAAGUGAGAGACUCCCGCAGAAGCAUCCUGCUGGAUAUCCUCUACGAAAGCGUCAUCUUUGCCGUGGGCAAAGGCUUCCCAUGGGUGGAGGUGGUCAAGGUGGUGAAGUUCACAGAAGAACUGCUCAAGGAAACCAAAGGCUACUCCCUCACCGAGGCCAUGACCAUCCUGAGGAAUAAGCUCAGAGAUUAUGAGGAGCAGUUCAACAGCACCCGUCUGCUGGCGCUCUGCGACUACUUCUACAACACCUUCAUCCGCCACUACAGACUCUACCAGUAUGUCCUGGGCCAGGACCAGGAAGUCAGCCUGACCGUCACCCACCUGGAGGUGUGUGUGCCACCCCAGCCCCUCCCUCUGGCUAAGGGCAAGGACAGGGACCUGUGGAAGCACGAAGAGCAGGUGGCCGAGCUCAGCAUGGCUGAGGUGCAGAAGCGCACCAAUCUGCUGCUGCUGAAGGAGGCGCUGCACCUGGAGCAGGAGUACAUGCUGCAGAAGAAGUUCUCAGAAGUGCCUGGGCAGCAGAGCCGCGUCCUGAAGACACAGGAGUUAGAAAAUCUCAUCAACGAGGCCAUUCAGAUCCAGAUCGAGUGCCUGAAAGAGCUGCUACAGUAUGAGACACAGAUAACUUUUGACAUUUUGGACCUGAAACUUCAGAAGAAGACUUUAAAUCUCAAUACUCCUGUCCCUUUCCCACUCUCAAUCACUGGCCAGGCAGGCCAUGAUGAAUCUCUUAAGUUCAACAAAGCACGCAAAGAAAAGAAACUCAAAAAGAUGUCUAAAGCCUGA